AUGUCCAUCGCCAACUGGACCUUACUCCACCCUUCUGCCUUCAUUCUUGUCGGGAUCCCAGGACUGCAAGACUUCCACACCUGGAUCGCCAUCCCCUUCUGCUCCAUCUACAUUGUCUCCCUUCUGGGGAACUGCCUCCUCCUGGGGGUGGUCAAGAAUGAGCCAGGCCUCCAUGAGCCCAUGUACUUGUUCCUCUGCAUGCUGGCAGUCGCUGACCUUGUGGUCUCCACCACCACCUUACCCAAAAUCCUGAGUAUUUUCUGGUUUCGGGACAGAAGCAUCCAUGCCAAUGCCUGCCUGGCCCAGGUUUUCCUCAUCCAUUCUUUUUCUACCAUGGAGUCAGGUUUCUUUGCCGCCAUGGCCUUUGACCGCUAUGUGGCGAUAUGCAACCCCCUGAGGCACGCUGCCAUCCUGACCCAUACAGCCAUCGGCCAGAUCGGCCUGGCUGUCUUGAUCCGAGGGGCCGUGCUGCUGUGCCCCCACCCUAUUCUGCUGAAGCAGCUGCUGUAUUGCAGGGGCAACGUCAUCUCUCACACCUACUGCGAGUUCAUGGCACUGGUGAAACUGGCCUGCGCCGACACCCGGGCAUCCAAAGCCUACAGCUUGACAGUUGCCUUUCUAACUGGAGGGCUGGAUUUCAUCUUCAUCAUUGUGUCCUACAUCCUGAUCCUCCGGACGGUGUUCCAACUUCCUUCCAAGGAGGCACGGGUCAAAUCCCUCGGCACCUGUGGUUCCCACGUCUGCGUGAUCUUGAUCACGUACACCCCAGCAUUCUUCUCCUUCCUCACUCACCGAUUUGGCCACACAGUUGCUCCCUCUGUCCACAUUAUUAUUGCCAACAUCUAUGUCCUAAUUCCACACAUGAUGAACCCCAUCAUCUAUGGGGUGAGAACGAAAAAGAUCCGCGAAAGAGUUCUAUAUGUGUUUACUCAGAAGUAA